CUCCAUUCCGUCCAGCAGACACAGAGAACAUGGUGAGGUUCGAUGCCUUUGGAGACAGCCUGGGCCGCUACAACAUCUUCCACUACCACAAAGAGGACGGGCGCUACGUCUACCGUAAGGUGGGCUACUGGGCCCAGAGUCUGACCCUCAACACCAGCCAGAUCCCCUGGGAGGGCCUUGCCAUACCCACCUCCCAGUGCAGCGACCCCUGCAGGAAGAACGAGGUGAAAAGCAUGCAGCCUGGAGACGUGUGCUGCUGGAUCUGCAUCCCCUGCCAGUCUUACCAGUACCUGAUGGAUGAGUUCACCUGCGCCGACUGCAAGUUCGGUGAAUGGCCCCUGGCCAACUUGACAGGCUGCUACAACCUGCCUGAGGAGUACAUCCGCUGGGAGGACGCCUGGGCUAUAGGCCCAGUUACCAUCUCCUGCCUGGGUAUGAUGUGUACACUCUUCAUUAUUGGCCUCUUCCUCAAGCACAACGACACCCCUGUGGUAAAGGCCAGUGGGCGGGAGCUGUCCUACAUCCUCCUGCUGGGUGUUCUGAUGUGCUACAGCAUGACUUUCAUCUAUAUCGCCAAGCCCUCCAUGGGUGUGUGUACCCUACGCCGACUAGGCCUGGGCACCUCCUUCGCUGUGUGCUACUCAGCGCUCCUCACCAAGACCAACCGCAUCGCACGCAUCUUCAGUGGGGUGAAGGACGGAGCCCAGCGGCCGAGGUUCAUCAGCCCAGCCUCCCAGGUGGCCAUCUGCGGGGGUCUGAUCUCCUGCCAACUGGUGGUGGUGGUGGUCUGGCUCCUGGUGGAGACCCCGGGGGUCAGGAAGGAGGUGAGCCCCGAGAGGAGGGACAUAGUUACCCUCAAGUGCAACAGCAAAGACUCCAGCAUGCUCAUGUCCCUCACCUAUAACUGCAUCCUCAUCAUCCUCUGCACCGUGUACGCCUUCAAGACCAGGAAGUGUCCAGAGAACUUCAACGAGGCCAAGUUCAUUGGGUUCACCAUGUACACCACCUGUAUCAUCUGGCUGGCCUUCCAGCCCAUCUUCUACGUCACGGCCAGCGACUACAGGGUGAGUUACCAACUCUAUGGGCCCGAUGAGAUAUGUAGUUUUAACCCUUUACACUCAUGGGAAUUGGCAUAUAUGGAUAGGGCUAAAUUGAAAUGUUUCUUACAGAAGAAAUAUGCAAAUGCAUAAGCAUGGUAGCAAUUGAAAGGGAACCGUUUGGAGAUAAUGGGGAAAUUAUUAGACCAAAGGUGAGUACACAACAGUUCACCUGACACAAGACUGAAUCCAAACAUUACACUGUUGAUUGUAUGUGCAUUUUACAUUAUAAAUCGCAGUCAGGUGGGCAUAAUUUGAAAGCUUAUUCUAUUGCCAACAUGACUAGAUAAGUUAUAGAAUAUGAUCUUACAGUGUUAGGCUUUCACAAGACAAUUCAGAGAAACAGAUCGUAAUUUUGGUGCACAUAGAAAAGGAGUAAAGAGUGUAUUCAGGUGAAUGCGGCACAUUUUCUUCACAAUACACAAACAGGCUCAUUCUGUUCAGAACAACCCAGGGUAUGACGACAUGUUAUCUUGUAACUGUACAUCAAACACAGUGAUCAUAAAUGUUGACACUGUAUAUGACAUGCGUUUUAUGUGAAGUCCACAUUUGGACUCAGUGUUUGGCUUGUUUGUAUGACAUCAAAGCGGUAUUUAUUAUAAUCCUCAACGUCUCAUCUUUCAAAAUACAUUGAGUCAUCUUAAUUUACAACAUUUCCCUCACUCAGAAAACAAAACAUUUGCAAAAAGUUGCCCAAUUACUGGGAGGGAUGGGGGCCACUUCUUGUCAAGCACGGUGCUCAAGUUCAGAUUGUCUGUCAGUCAAACCCGUAUACGGGUAUGAGUGUAAAAGGGCUACGACAAUAAAAUAUGGAUUUAAAUAAAACAUAAAUGACUCAAGUCCAUGUUGUUAACUUAUCUCAAGUCUGAAUAGAGCCCAGAGAGUUUGUUAUUCUGGUAUAAAUAAUCACUGCUUUUGAAAAGAAUAACACCACAACCUCAACACAAUGCCUGACAUCUAUCUACUUUACAAGGUGAGGUUGAAGACACAAAACGGAUCCCUUGGUUGUUAAUUCUACUUGUGUAUUUCAUGUGUCCUUAUAGUCAUAAGUCAGGGAAUGUGAGUCUGGCUCAUUGAAUAUUUUCUAAAGCACCUGCGAGUUGAGAUGAGAGAUAUCAAAUCCCUUUGAUCACUUCUCUUUAACUCUGAUAAAAGCGGUAGCGCUCUUUUCAUGUUGCUGAGAAAUCUGUUCCAGAUGAGAACAAAGGCUCAGAGGAGAUCAUAUCCCGGCAAAAUGACAUGUUUUAAUAGGUUGGAUGGAUUUGGACUGAAAACACACUUGAUAUCGGCUACUGAAUGACAAUUAGCAUAGAGCAAACGAUUAGUCAAUGGAUUUAUUAAGUAAUGCUCUCCAACAUUGUGUAAAUACUGUAUGUGUAUAUUUUACACAAGUGUAUAUGUGGUGUGUGGACAGCAGAGCAAAAGCAUAACAGCUAGAAAAAUAUUUCUGUUGCGAAGUGACCUAAUCAUGCUUGGAUUGUUGAGUCCUGAACCUAAAGAUCUGAUGAUGGAGAGAGUUCCAGAAAGAUAUACUGAGCUCUGUGGUGUUUGUUUCCCCUCUGGGAUCCCUCUGUGGACUGGAGCCGGGGAGAGAGACAGAGAAAGGUCCACUGGUGCACCUAUACCUCUGCUGACACAGAUGGGCAGGCUGGAGAGCAUGAGGUCUGGAGGGGGGACAGAACAUCCCUGUGCGUAGUAUUGUGGAAUGGAGUGUGAAAGAGCAGGACACUGAGUCCCAGCUGUGUCCCGUGCGCUGGGACUACGGUGUGUCUCCCAGGGCUUCAGAGGGACCCUGCCUCAUAUCAGGAGGGGGAGGGGAAAGAGUGGGACAUGGACAGAACAGAGUGUCAGAUCAACACAGAUAUCUAAUCUGACCGCUCUGAUUAUCUCUGGUGUAACUGAACUGAAACAGUGGCUCAUGUGAUUUGUUUUGUCUGAUGUGAGGGAAAUAUUACUGUGCUGUGUUCCGUCUGCUACACUCUUGCUCUGAGAUGGCUGUCCUCCUACCGUGAGAUUUCAGAAAACUCUGGUUGAAUAAUCAAACAGUAAUUUGCAUAUGUCAUCCAUGAAAUGUUUAAGCAGGCAAAAUAUGGUGUACUGAGGCAUGAAUUACAAACAUGAUUACCAAAUGAAAUAUUAAAGAUUUCUUCCCUGAAGGGGACAAGCAGCUUUUCCUCCAACCUCUGUGACAGAGAGGUUAACAAAGGUGAUGAAACAUCAGUCAUAUCCAAAGGCAAAGAGUGCCCUUGUUUCAUGUAACCCAUAGAUCAGAAGAAUCUAACUUUGAUUCUUCAAGAUUUGUUUUAAAUAAUUGAUGCCAAAUAUGUGGUUCAACAAAUCAAAGGCAUCAUCAGCUAUCUUACCCCAUGCUGCUACAAACCUCUGCAGCUUGUACAGGGUUGUACAACUAUCAGAUGUACAGGUAACUGCCAAAAUAAAGGAAACACUUGAGUAAAUGAGGGAAACAUGUAAAGUGUUGGUCCCAUGUUUCAUGAACUGAAAUAAAAGAUCCCAGAAAUGUUCCAUACCAAAAAGCGUAUUUAUCUCAGAUUUUGUUAACCUUUUAUUGUGGCAUAAACACAACCAGUCAUGAUGUUUUCAUCUGCUCCUUUACUAGGCGACCCACACACGUUCAUCCACUCGCAACAUAUUUCCAACAUCCAAACAGUGGUGAAUGGAAAGAGACAUAUUUUACACAAAACACCAAAAAGUGUAAUGACAUUUGGCGAUCAUCAUUAAGCCACAAUUUAUGCAUCGCCGCACGUCUCAGUGUUGGCCACUCAUCUCUGCCUUGGCAAAAUGUCAGUGCUUUUGUCUAACCACAUCGCAUUUUGGAAUGUAGGCUAUACCACCUGUUUUCAAGUCCAUUCGCAAAUGUUUCAUGACAUGAGGUAAUGAUAAAUAAUGGUGUAAUAGCCUACAGUUUUCUUUACAUUUUGUUUUAAUUAUUGUGAUAUGCUCAUGUUUUACCGGUAUGGUGUACCCCUACUGUUUCUUUUGCCGGAACGCCGUACUGGACCAUACCGCCUUACUUUCACCCCUGUUCCUGAUUUAAUUAAGCAAUUAACAUCCCAUCAUCCUUAUUGUCAUGUAUAAAAAUGCCCAGUUGCCCAUUAUUUUGGCUACCAUGGCUAGAAGAAAAGAUCUCAGUGACUUUGAAAGAGGGUUCUCAAAGGAGCAUAGGGGGUUUAAAGUAUGUGUGUGUCUCAGUCACCAGAUCUCAACCCAAUUCAACACUUAUGGGAGAUUCUGGAGCAGCACCGGAGACACCACCGUUAACAAAACACCCUAUUAAGACACUUUAUGUUGGUGUUUCCUUUAUUUUGGCAAUUACCUGUAUCUUUAGGUUGUAUUGGUGACAUUUAUUUCAUAUACUCAUACUCUACAAGCCAACAGAAACCCUAAAAUCAUCCAAUCAUGCUCUACGUUCACAUCCUGUUACCAGGCUGAAAAUGUAGGAUGAUCUCACUCUUCCUGUGCGGGCUUCCUCUAGGUCGAACAACACACCUGAAUAUAUGGUAUGGCUAGCACAGGCUACACAGCCUUUUAAAAACAGACACUUCCCACUGGGCACACACUGGUUGAUUCAAUGUUGUUUCCAUGUCAAUUCAAUGACAUUUUGUUGAACCAACGUGGAAUAGACGUAGGAGAUGGCUGGUAAGAUCCAGAGUUGCCAUGCUCUACAUCCUGAAUUCAACCUUCUCAGAAAACACAGCUUGUUUUACUGAGAAGACAGAUUCCCAGCUCUCUGCUCUUCCUAAGGAACAUCUUUGCUUAACACAUUAUUAUGCAGUAGGCUACACUGUCCUCAUUGCAGUGUUAUUAAAACUAUUUAUGAGUACAAAGUAUGGAACAUAGGACCUGUGUAACAUUUGAUAAUAUCCAGUUACUUACAUGAGGAUGACAUCAGUUUCCCGCCAUUUAGUUAUUUUAUAAACCUGAUUAAAACUGAUGGAUUAACUUUUUAACAUACUGUACAGCUCAAAAAGGGACUGCUAGUUGAGCCUGUCAACAAAUCAAUAAUUUAUUUCUAAUGCAUUUCACAUUGAACUACACAACUCAAAGAUUCACUUGUGUCAUGUUAUGGUGAAUUUGCAUUCAGUGACAGCAGUGAGUGAACGGCCACAGCACAGCUUGAACAGCGUGUCCACUGCUGGGUGCUCUCUGCCUGCCAGCCCAGCUCAUUCUAAUGCUGCUAUUAGUAUUCAGGGAGACAUGGACAGACACCUGGGAAGUGUGUGGAUGGCAGACUGGCAAGAUGCACCCAACACCCACCCACCAAGCAGCACUGCACUAUAACUAAACAGUUAUCUGGGAAGAGACAAAGACAAAGACAAAGCUGGGCUGUAUAUAAAAGGACUGGCUGAUGACACACAACUGCAUGUGGGCGGACGGAAGGAGAGGACUUGAGGGGGAUGGGGGUUAGGAUGAUUUAAGGGACUGACAGGCAAAUAAACACCUCCUCUCAGAUACUGCUGGUAGCACCACACAAGCACACAUGGUUACUAUCUGUUUUCUUUUUGACAUUCCUCAGUCUCCAUGGUGUAUUGUGUUCCGUAAUCAGGGUUCGGUAGCUAGGUUACUUUCUAAAUGUAAUCCGUUACAGUUAUUAGUUACCUGUUCAAAAUUUUAAUCAGUAACGUAACUUUUGGGUUACCCAAACUCAGUAACGUAAUCUGAUUACUUUUUGAUUACUUUCCUCUUAAAAGACAUUAGAAGAAGACAAAUUAUCUAUCAAACGUAUUUGGUGUGCCAUCAUAGUGGUCUCUGACUUGUGGUCAGACUCGCUCAGGCGGAACAAACUUAAACUUGCACCUUUUUUUAAUGCUGAAUUUAAUGUAAUUGAGAAAACAGAAAGGUGUAUUUUUUCGCAAACAUCCUUUCUAAAUUUAAAAGUAAUCCAAGAUAUAAUCAUCUAGUUUUACAAAAGUAUCUGUCAUCUGAUUACAAUAUUGUUGCUGGUAACGUAAUUGAUUACAGCUAGUUUUUUAGUAAUCAGAUUACAUGUAAUCAGUUACUCCCCAGCCCUGUCCGUAAUAUGGUAUGAUAGGCUUUUAUCAGAUGAGUAAUCCCUGUCUCUGGUCCCAUCCUCUCCAUUUCUCCCUCUCCCCCCUUCAGGUGCAGACCACCACCAUGUGCAUCUCUGUCAGUCUGAGUGGCUCGGUGGUGCUGGGCUGCCUCUUUGCCCCUAAGACCCACAUCAUCCUGUUCCAGCCCCAGAAGAACGUCACCUCGCUCCGGGUGGCCACCACCCGCUUCGGCAUCACCACUGGCCCCGGAUCCAGCUUCUCUCAAGGUACAAAUCCCGCCGGAAGGCAAACACAACCUUCAUCAUCACCAUUAUCAUCAGCAUCAUCAUUAUCAUUAUUAUUAGUCAUUUUACAUUACCAUUAUUCAUCACUGAGAUGUUUCAACAUAUUACAUGAUACAGCACUUCACUUCAGAACACCCCUGUGGUGAGCUGUCAGACCAGCGAAACCGGAGUGUCUCUAAACUUUAGAAUGAGGUGUUCUUUUCCACUCCACUACUCUCAUCUUCUUCUCUAACCUAUAAUCUGACUGUCAGUGAGUUGUAAUCUGAUAGAAGUGUUGUUGUAAAUGGUCUAUUCUCUUUCUGCAGCUUCAGCCUCCAAUAUUGUACCAACGGUGUGUAACGGUCGAGAAGUGGUGGACUCCACGACUUCCUCCUUG